AUGAUAGAAACUCUUUUGUCACUACUAUUGGCAUCAUUGGUUACUCCAACCGUCACGGUGAACAACAAUACGCCUAUUGCUCGAACACAACAAGGUUUUUAUAUUGGUCGCCAAAAAAUAGUAAAUGAUACGAGUAUCAAGUACUGGUACGGUGUACCAUAUGCUCAACAACCUAUUGAAAGUCGUAGGUGGAUGCCUCCUCAAGCUCUUCCCAAGUCCGAUAGCAUCAACGAGGCAGUUUUUCCUAACGCUUGUCCUCAGAAGAAUGAAAUUCCCAUCUUAAUGACUGAAUCUUGUCUCACUUUAAACGUAUACGCACCCGAAGAUGCAACUAACUUGCCUGUGUAUGUUUGGAUUCACGGAGGUAGUUUUACUUCGGGAGCUGGUGUAGAAUACGAUGCGGGUCCAUUCGUUAGCACAAGCAAAACAAAUUCUGUUCCCGUAGUCGUCGUCACGAUCAACUAUCGACUUGGUCUACUCGGUUUUCUAGCAGAUCAAGCAUUGUAUGAUGAAGGAUCAGGUAUUAAUAACAAAAGCACUACCGGCAACUAUGGUCUAUUGGACCAGAUGAUGGCGUUAGAUUGGAUAAAAAAAAAUAUUCAUGGUUUCGGUGGUAAUCCGGAACAAAUCACGAUCGGUGGCGAGAGUGCAGGCGGUAUUAGCGUCACCAUUCUGCUCACAUCAUCAUUAGUUACUAAUGGUACCUUUCAAAGAGCCAUUAUACAGAGUGGUGCUAUAUGGCCCAAUGCUGCAAGCCCCCUACAACGUGCUAUUAAUAGUACGGGCACUGUUUUACGGACUGUGACCAGUUGUACUACAGUACAAUGUCUACGUAGGUUAACAGUGAAGGAAAUUCUCGCUGUUCAGCAUAUUAUAGCAUCUAAAAGUAUCUUUGGAACGGCCGCCACUCCAGUUAUUGACGGUUAUGUCCUAAACGAUAUAAUGGAAAAUAGUUAUGCCAAAGGAAACUUUCAAAAGGUACCCAUCCUGAUUGGAUCGAAUAAGAAUGAAACGUCCUUAUUUACAUGUCCAAUUUUUAAUGCGACGGCUAGUAUCACACAGGUUCAAACAUUCUUCAACACGGUAUACAAUACUACUAUUGUUAGUGAAAUUCCUAUCAUUUACGGUUCCAUUUCCGCCUAUGAUAAUCCAUUAACUUAUCUAAAUAUAGUAUAUAGUGACUCUUGGCUACACUGUGGUUCUCGUCGUAUCGCUUCCGAAUUCUCUAGGCAUGGAGUGCCCUCUUAUUUCUAUACAUAUAAUCAUCUCAUACCGGUUGCACCAUCUUGUUUUGGUGUAACGCAUGCUGCCGAACUUCCCAUGUUGUUUCCAUCACUUCUUCCUUUUAUGUAUCCCCACUAUGCAUUCACUCCAUUGGAACAACAACUAUCUACAGACAUGAUGCUAUAUUGGGCUAAUUUUAUUCAUACAUCAAAUCCUAACUACGUUGGAAAUCCAUCACAUUGGGAUGCUUAUCUUGUCUCCUCUGAUAAUGACUUUGUUCUAGAUAUUUACCCACAAAUGAGAAAUGAUUAUUACAGUACUACUUGCUCGCGCUUAUGGGAUUUAUAUGCUGUCACAAACAAUACCUUGGCAUUCUCUGCAGCAAGAUCAUUAAUGAAUAGCCCUAUCUUUUAA